AAUGACUAGUCGACGCAGUCGAGUGUUGUACACCAACUUAUAAACUCGUUUAGAUUGAAGAAUUGUUGAAUUCAAACCAGACAUCAUGAAAACCGCCGUUCAAUUGGUUUUUGUUUCGAGUGCAGUACUGCUGUCAGUUUUUUUGGGUACUGUAACCGUUUGUGACGCCACUAUCUAUGCAAAUGGCGAUAUCGUAGUUUUCCUCGACCAAGCAGGCGCACAAGCAGUGAAGUAUGAUGGAUCGAAUAUUUUAGAAAAUACAAGCGGCACUAUUGUUGGAUGUUUACCAGUAACGGACGCUCGUCACGAAUUUUAUGCAAACCUGGUCUUAGGAACCGAGAAAACUUAUGGCCGUGACAUCUCACAUAUAUUGCUGGGCAUUGUUAAAGAUAUCAACGAAAAAAAAAAAGCUAAAGAGGAAGAAAAUAAAGUUGAGAGUUCGGGUGUAUCGGAAAAAAAAUAAAACUAACUGUCAUUGUUAUCUAAGUUUGAAUAAAAGCA